AUGAGUCGAUGGGAAUUCAACCUUAAAAAAUAUGAAGAAAAAUGUGAAGGCAUCACGGAGCCCUUUGGAUACAAAUUCGAGAAGGAUGUGAGAGGAACAUACGGAAGUGGAGACAGUUAUUUGAAACCCGAAAAGAAUAUAAAUAAUUUAAAUAAAAUAAACAAAAGCGAAGUUAAUAAGUCAACCACAUCAUCUGCGAUAAACGAAAAAGUACUGGACAAAAAAGCUUGGGGCAUUUGUCUUAAUGCAUUCAAAGGAUUAGUGAUGAAUCUAUUUGUUAUGUUCAUGUCUGGUGGGGCAUCUGGAAUAUUUGGCAUUAUUUUUAUUGUGUACUCAGUGUACAAUAUUUUAAAAUCGUUAUUUAACAUCAAUGAUGCAUUUAAGAGUGUAGAAAUUAAUUCCAAUCAGAAAUUUUGGCCACAGAAAAUUUGCUUCGCCCUUUUAAAUUUUCUUGUUUUUCUUUACAUUAUGAAUGUAUGUUCCAACAGUGGUUUACUUCCCAUUCGAUCUGCUGAUUAUUUUUAUUUCAUCCCUCACCAGACGAUUCGGCAGAAGGCCAUGUCGACUGUUUUUUAG